UAUAUAAGCCAAGAUAUAAAGCAUGCCAAAGCUAUUUUAUAAGCCAAAUUGCCGAAACUGGACUACCUCCUAGAAUAAAUUUCAUUUUUAUUUUUUUUGUUCAAGGCCAAGAAUUCAAUGGCAGGUAUUGCAUCUGGAAUCAGCACCCUUGCCAUUGGCUCAGGUGAUGCUCGACGGCGUCCAGCACAAGCCCAAUCCACUCCCAACACUAACACUAACACAAACACUAACAGCAACACUUCUUCUUCUACGCCAUCAUCUGAAGGGUUCACUUAUUUAAAUUCUGCCAAGCAAGAUAUAAAGGGUCUUACCAACCAGACUGGAUACGUUAAAGGCAACGCUAAUGGGGUCAUCAACUUUGGGACCCUCACAGCCUCUGCUUCUGUCCAAAGGCAAUGAAUCCCUUAACAACAACCAGCAAGAAUGAAGAACAUAUAUACAUAUAUAUAUAGCUGCAGGCAACUCAAUAAUUAACUAAAUAACCUCUGCUGUCGUUGCCUUAAUUUAUAUCAUUUUGAUUUUAUGUUUUACUCGCCAAAACCAUCAUAGUAGGAAUAAUCAGAUAUGGAUCUACUACUACUAAUUGUCUAAGUUUAAAAUUUUAUAGAUAUUGCUCUUCAAUUAGGUUUGCAUUAUUUUUGUUUCUGUUGAUACUUGGAUAUCGAUUAGUGGUUAUAUAUAACCUCGUACAACAUUAAUUAAUGUUUGUAAGAUA